GACUCUGAGGUGAAGGGAAACUCUUUCUCUCUGAAGAUCCAGGAUGUGGAUGUGACAGACUCUGCUGUGUACUACUGUGCUCUGCAGCCCACAAUAGGAUACAAGAUGUACUUUGGAUCAGGGACCAGACUCACAGUUCACAAAUCUGAGGAUGAGGACCCGAGGUUCUACCAACUGGAGAAGGACGACACUCGACUCUGUCUCGCCACCGACUUCACUCGACACGACAAACUCAAAGACAACGAGCUCUUCAAAGAACAGAAUGGAACCUUCAUCGACCGAGAGAGCACUGACCCUGCAACCAAAGGCCUCUACAGCCAGGUGGCCUUCAUGUCCACUGGAGAUGAAGACAAGUGUGAAGAGUCCAGUGGUUUUAACGACAGUCUCCAGCCUGACUCUGUGGUGAACACUGUUUCUUUGACUGUUAUCGGACUCAGAAUUCUCUUCGUCAAAACCGUCGCCAUCAACGUCCUGGUCACACUGCGCCUCUGCAUCAGCCGCUAAAAUUUGUGACAACUUCAAGAGCAUCCAUCUUCCCCACAAGACAAUAAGAUCAGCGAAAACACAGGCUAUGUUCACAUGCACACCACAAAUCUGAUCAUAAUCUGAUUUCUGCAGUUAUCAGAUUACUGUUCCGUCUUAAUCUGAUUUCUGUAGUUAUCAGAUUACUGUUCCAUCAUAAUAUGAUUUCUGUAGUUAUCAGAUUACUGUUCCAUCAUAACCUGAUUUCUGUAAUUAUCAGAUUACUGUUCCAUCAUAACCUGAUUUCUGUAAUUAUCAGAUUACUGUUCCAUCAUAACCUGAUUUCUGUAAUUAUCAGAUUACUGUUCCACCAUAAUCUGAUUUUGGUUUUAUUAUUCACAUCUGUGCAGGUUUGGACAAGAAAAAAUAUGAAAAAAAUGCAAAAAAAAAACCCAAAACACCAAAUUCAGAUCUCGUUAUCUGAUUAUCCAAGUGAUCUGACCAGUGAACUGGCCAUGUGAAUGUACCCAGUGUCCAGAUGACCCAGUGAUUACAACAACUCAUAGAUCAGACACAAAUCAAAUAACUAUGACCAGAUAUGGUAUUUGCUCUCUGCUGCACAGAUCUGACCGGGGAUAUGUUAUUAUAGCUUUUAUGAACCUGUAUGUUAUUAUGUGUUCAUAUUCUUAAGUGUAAUUUACUGUUUAAAAUACAUGUGUAAAAAUGUGAAAGACGAGCUUCUGCAGAUCGUUUGUGCAUUUGGGCUUUUUUUUUCUUUAUUUUUGUUUUGAUUCAACUGUUAUCACAGUUUUUUUUUAAGUGAAAAUAAAAUGAUAUAUUGAAAUGUU